AUGACCGCUACCGGCCCCUCCAAUUUCGGCCCUCUCACCACAAUCUUCAGUCCACCAGCAUGGUGUUCGAACGAGCGAUGGAUCGCGCACGAUUCUACCCAAGGUGGCACACUUCUACGGUGGGGCGCAACAUGCGAGUCUGGAACCAUUGGCUUCGCAUCUGAAUGCUAUCCGACAGGCUGGACAGGAUCCAAUGCCAGCGCACUGAGUUAUAAAGGUUUCUCGCCCGGAUUGGCGUGUCCGAGUGGAUUCACUGGCGCUGCGUCUGCGAGUCAUAUUGAGCAGUCUGAUCAUUUCGUCUUGUCAGAGUAUAUCACCGACUUGGGUCAGCAUGAUCUUGCGACUGCUUGUUGUCCGAAAAACUACGAUUAUAACGGCCACAUGUGCGUUAGUCACACGCUAUCCUUCGACUCAGCACACCCAUUCCUAACAACAUCCGGCUCGAAAUGCAUCCAAACAACGAGUUUCAAAUAUUUCCAAUCAAUCGGUUCAUCCGCCUCAAGCGGCCAAGCAACCUUCCAAGCCUACCCCGUCAUAAUCGUCCAAGACUCCCGCUCCUCAACCUCUAUCCCGCAACCAACAGGCUCCAAAAACAGCAACGGAUCUUCAAAUUCGGGCGCUCUAUCCACAGGCGCUAAGAUCGCUAUUGGCGUCUGUAUCCCUAUGGUGAUUAUUAUCAUCGCUGCGUUGGCUUUUAUUUGGUGGCAUCGACGGAGGGCGAGGGCUAAGAAGGACGCUGCCGCUGUCGCUGCCGCUGCCGAUGAAGGGGUCACUUCUUCGCAGAAGGAUCCGUAUGCUGGGAAGCCGGAACUUGAUGGCGAGACACAGGUUGAUCCGUAUAAGAGUCAGAAUCGAGAAUGGGAAUUGGAUGCGGCGGGUAUUGUGGUGCCACCGGUGGAAUUAUCUGCGCUGCAGGGUAAUGUUUUGACUGAAAUGCCAAGUGAGAAGAGCCCCGAUACGCCGCAGGCUGAGCUUCCGGGUGAUUUUGGGGCUUUUGGUACGGAGGGGAAGACUGGAGAUGAUGAUGCUAGUAAAAAUGAGACCAAGGACGGGAAUGGGAAUGGGAGGCAUAGUCCGGCUCAGGAUAAAUAA